GCCAACAAACGAUCCAAGAACGUCGAAGUAGCCCAUUCAACAUGCGUCUCCUGCUCAUCCUGUCCGUUGUCCUGGCCGUGAUCCUCGGCUGCCACGCCUACAGCGCCACCUGGGGGCGCAGGGUCAACAACGACUUCCUCCUCUCCCGCACCAGGGAAGUCCGCAACCCGAUCAAGAACAACUACUGGAACCUCAACGUGAACUACCCCGCCGGAUUCUACAACAUCUCCGCCGUGAUCGUCUACGACAACUUCAAGAACAGCUCCGGCGCAUCUCCCAGUCUCUAUUCCGGCGGUCCGGGCUACCGAUUCGCCACCGUGAAUCUCCGUGGCCAGGUGAACCGCGGAAUCGACUCCACCGUCGAGAUCUGGGGUCGCUAAGUGAUCCUAGGAGUAUUGUAACCGCAUGAAACCGCAAACAUGUUGCUUUAAUUACAAGAAAAGCCCAUUACUUGGAAAAUGUGAAAAAAACUGUGCAAUUUAUAAUAAAGAUGUAAAUUCAUAUGUAAAA